AUGGGAGAAGCUAUUGAGCCGAAGAAAUUGAUUGCAGUCAUAAAUGCUUUUGCUAUCACAACGAGUGAGUUUUUAAAUCAUUUUUGCACCGAAGCCCAUAAUAAAUUGAGUCAAGUUAACCACCAAAUUGAAAAAAUCGAAGCAUUGACUGCACUUCUUGAGUAUAAGUUGAAUUCUAUACCAGCAGAGCAGCUUGCACCUCCUCCAAAGCCAGUGGAGCCAGGCCAGCCAGCACAGGAAGAAGAGCAGCAGCCAGCUAAAGAAGUCGUCCCUGAUAAUUUGAAGAAAUAUGUAAGGAUGGUUGAAGUCGGCGUUCCAAGGCCUGCAGUCAAGCACAAAAUGGCUGCAGACGGCGAAGAUUCCUCCCUUUUAGACGUAAGUUCUACUUUACUUCUCCAUCCGAUAAUCGAACAGCCAGUAAAGAUUUCUUAAAAUUGAGAUAAUCAGCCCCUUCUUUGAAUAAAUUCUCACAUAGUCAAGUAUGAAGCCCAUCUCUGGCCCUACCUCAACCUACUACUGUCUUUGAUAAUUAUAUUCGCUCUUACGCAAUCCUAAUAUAAUUUCUAGAGAACAUUUACAAAUAUAUUGCAUCUAUAGCAUAAAAUCCUAUUAUAUGGGAAAAAAAAUUAUAUAUUUCAAAAUUAUAAUAUUGAUCCCAACGAUGGUGACCUGCUCGAUCAAAGAUAAGGAGAUUAGAAAUAUCUCCCACCUGAAGCCUAA